CAGCCCUCCGGCCGCGGCCGCCGCUGCUCGCGCUGCACCGCCUGGGAGAGACUGCCCCGCGCCGCGCCGCGCUGAGGCCGUGCGUGCGCCUGCCCGUCCGUCCGCCGGGCUGCGUGCUCCGCUCCGCGCACACACAGUCGCUCCGUGUGAGCUGGCGGGCGACUGGAAACACCUCCGACUCACGCUGCCCAGCGGCCGGGGGAGCGCUCGCCCGCAGCGGCGACCUCCGCACCGCCGCCGCCGGCGUGCUCCCUGCUCCUUCUGCCUCCUCCGCUCUUCUGGUUUUCCGCCUCGUCCCCCGGUGAUUUUUUUUCUUUUUUUUUUUCCCCGAGAGGGAGAGGGCGGGGUAGGUGUCCCCCCCUCUGCUCCCCCCUCCCUUUCCUUCUCGGUUUGAAUUCCUCCCCCUGGCAUUGGUUCGCAGAGCGAGAGGCAAGACCCGCGCGGAGGGAAGAGGAAGGCUGCGGCCGCCCUGCUGCUCCCAGCCCCGCCGGACUGGAGCGCGGAGCGGGUGAGGGGAGAAGAAGAGGAAGCAGGAGGGGCUUGGCUUUCGGUCGUGCCUGAGGACGGCCCAUCUCCCUCCGAGAGCCCCUCGGAGAGACGGACGGCGUCUCUCCGCAGCGAGCCUUUGGAGUACCGCGAGGCGGGAGGCGAAGGAUGCCGGUGGCCCGGGGAGCCGGCUGCGGGGCAGCGCUUUCGCUCUGGCUGGUCGGCAGCAUCCUCUGCAGAGCCUGGACGGCUCCCGCCACGUCCCAAAAAUGUGAUGAGCCACUUGUGUCUGGACUCCCCCAUGUAGCUUUCAGCAGUUCAUGCUCUAUGUCUGGGAGCUAUUCUCCUGGCUAUGCCAAGAUCAACAAGCGAGGGGGUGCUGGGGGAUGGUCUCCAUCAGACAGUGACCAUUAUCAAUGGCUUCAGGUUGACUUUGGCAAUCGAAAGCAGAUCAGUGCCAUAGCAACCCAAGGAAGAUACAGCAGCUCAGACUGGGUGACCCAAUACCGCAUGCUCUACAGUGACACAGGGAGAAAUUGGAAACCCUACCAUCAAGAUGGGAAUAUCUGGGCAUUUCCUGGGAACGUCAACUCCGAUAGUGUGGUUCGGCAUGAUUUGCAGCAUCCAGUAAUCGCCCGCUAUGUGCGCAUCGUGCCUCUGGAUUGGAACGGAGAAGGCCGCAUUGGGCUCAGAAUUGAGGUCUACGGCUGUUCUUACUGGGCUGAUGUUAUCAACUUUGAUGGCCAUGUUGUGUUACCAUAUAGAUUCAGAAACAAGAAGAUGAAAACACUGAAAGAUGUCAUCGCUUUGAAAUUUAAAACGUCCGAAAGUGAAGGCGUAAUCUUGCAUGGGGAAGGACAGCAAGGGGAUUAUAUUACUUUGGAACUGAAAAAAGCCAAGCUGGUCUUCAGUUUAAACCUAGGAAGCAACCAGCUUGGCCCCAUAUAUGGCCACACGUCCGUGACGACAGGAAGUCUGCUGGAUGAUCACCACUGGCACUCUGUGGUCAUUGAGCGCCAGGGCCGGAGCCUCAACCUCACGCUGGACAGAAGCACGCAGCACUUCCGCACCAAUGGGGAGUUUGACUACCUGGAUUUGGACUAUGAGAUAACCUUUGGAGGCAUACCUUUCUCCGGUAAGCCAAGUUCCAGCAGUAGAAAGAAUUUCAAAGGCUGCAUGGAAAACAUUAACUACAAUGGCAUCAACAUAACUGAUCUCGCAAGAAGGAAGAAACUAGAACCCUCAAAUGUGGGAAAUUUGAGUUUCACGUGCGUGGAGCCCUACACGGUACCUGUCUUUUUCAAUGCUACCAGUUACCUGGAGGUGCCCGGACGGCUUCACCAGGACCUGUUUUCGGUUAGUUUCCAGUUCAGGACUUGGAACCCCAAUGGUCUCCUGCUUUUCAGUCAUUUUGCGGAUAAUCUGGGCAACGUGGAGAUUGACCUCACUGACAGCAAAGUCAGCGUUCACAUCAACAUCACGCAGACCAAGAUGAGCCAAAUAGAUAUUUCCUCAGGUUCUGGGUUGAAUGACGGCCAGUGGCAUGAGGUCCGUUUCCUAGCUAAGGAGAAUUUUGUUAUUCUCACUAUCGAUGGAGAUGAAGCCUCAGCAGUUCGAACUAACAGUCCUCUUCAAGUUAAAACUGGCGAGAAGUACUUUUUUGGAGGUUAUCUGAACCAGAUGAAUAACUCAAGUCACUCUGUCCUUCAGCCUUCAUUCCAAGGAUGCAUGCAGCUCAUUCAAGUGGAUGAUCAACUUGUAAAUUUAUACGAAGUGGCACAAAGGAGGCCAGGAAGUUUUGCGAAUGUCAGCAUUGAUAUGUGUGCCAUCAUAGACAGAUGUGUGCCCAAUCACUGUGAGCAUGGUGGGAAGUGCUCGCAAACGUGGGACAGCUUCAUGUGCACUUGUGAUGAGACGGGAUACAGUGGGGCCACCUGCCACAACUCCAUCUAUGAGCCUUCCUGUGAAGCCUACAAACACCUAGGCCAGACAUCAAAUUACUACUGGAUAGAUCCUGAUGGCAGUGGACCUCUGGGGCCUCUGAAAGUUUACUGCAACAUGACAGAGGACAAAGUAUGGACCAUAGUGUCUCAUGAUUUGCAGAUGCAGACGACAGUGGUGGGCUACAACCCAGAAAAAUACUCGGUGACACAGCUCAUUUACAGCGCCUCCAUGGACCAGAUCAGCGCCAUCACCCACAGCGCCGAGUACUGUGAGCAGUACGUCUCCUAUUUCUGCAAGAUGUCCAGGUUGUUGAACACCCCAGAUGGAAGCCCUUACACCUGGUGGGUGGGCAAAGCCAACGAGAAGCACUACUACUGGGGCGGCUCCGGGCCCGGAAUUCAGAAAUGCGCCUGCGGCAUCGAGCGCAACUGCACGGACCCCAAAUACUACUGCAACUGUGACGCGGAUUACAAGCAGUGGAGGAAGGACGCUGGCUUCUUAACCUACAAAGAUCACCUGCCAGUAAGCCAGGUGGUGGUUGGAGAUACUGACCGGCAAGGCUCGGAAGCCAAACUGAGUGUGGGUCCCCUGCGCUGCCAAGGAGACAGGAAUUACUGGAAUGCUGCCUCUUUCCCAAACCCAUCAUCCUACCUGCACUUCUCUACUUUCCAAGGGGAAACCAGCGCGGACAUCUCUUUCUACUUCAAAACAUUAAUCCCCCGGGGAGUGUUUCUUGAAAAUCUGGGGAACACGGAUUUUAUCAAACUCGAACUGAAAUCUGCCACGGAAGUGUCCUUUUCAUUUGAUGUCGGAAACGGGCCAGUGGAGAUUGUGGUGCGGUCACCCUCCCCUCUCAACGAUGACCAGUGGCACCGGGUCACCGCGGAGAGGAAUGUCAAGCAGGCCAGCCUGCAGGUGGACAGGCUACCCCGGCAGACCCGCAAGGCCCCAGCGGAAGGCCACACCCGCCUGGAGCUCUACAGCCAGCUGUUUGUCGGUGGUGCCGGAGGCCAGCAGGGCUUUCUGGGCUGCAUCCGCUCCCUGAGGAUGAACGGGGUGACACUGGACCUGGAAGAAAGAGCAAAGGUCACAUCCGGGUUCAAAUCCGGGUGCUCGGGCCACUGCACCAGCUACGGGGCGAACUGUGAGAAUGGAGGCAAAUGCAUAGAGAAAUACCACGGGUACUCCUGCGAUUGCUCCAGCACAGCCUAUGAUGGGACAUUUUGCAACAAAGAUGUGGGUGCAUUUUUUGAAGAGGGGAUGUGGCUGCGGUAUAACUUCCAGGCGCCCGGGUCCGGUGCUAAGGAAUCGGGCGGCAGGUCGGAGAACUCCCGGAACCCGCAGAAUGGGGCCCCGGACCUGGCCCGCGAGGAGAUCCGCUUCAGCUUCAGCACCACCAAGGCACCCUGCAUCCUCCUCUACGUCAGCUCUUUCACCACCGACUUCCUGGCAGUUCUCGUCAAACCCACCGGAAGCUUACAGAUCCAGUACAGCCUGGGUGGCACCAGGGAGCCAUAUAAUAUUGACGUGGACCACAGGAGCAUGGCCAAUGGGCAGCCCCACAGCGUUAAUGUCACCCGUCACGAGAGGACCAUCACUCUCAAGCUGGAUCAUUAUCCUUCUGUGAGUUACCAUCUGCCAAGUUCAUCUGACACUCUGUUCAAUUCUCCCAAGUCGCUCUUUCUAGGAAAAGUUAUAGAAACAGGGAAGAUUGACCAAGAGAUUCACAAGUACAACACCCCGGGAUUCACUGGGUGCCUCUCCAGAGUCCAGUUCAACCAGAUCGCCCCUCUCAAGGCAGCCUUGAGGCAAACAAACGCCUCAGCUCACGUGCACGUCCAGGGCGAGCUGGUAGAGUCCAACUGCGGGGCCUCCCCGCUCACCCUGUCACCCAUGUCGUCUGCCACCGACCCCUGGCACUUAGACCACCUGGAUUCAGGGGUCAUCGCCGUGGUGAUCUUCACCAUCCUCUGCACCUUGGUUUUCCUUAUCCGGUACAUGUUCCGUCACAAGGGCACCUACCACACCAACGAGGCCAAGGGAGCAGAGUCAGCAGAGAGCGCGGACGCCGCCAUCAUGAGCAAUGACCCCAACUUCACAGAGACCAUUGACGAAAGCAAAAAGGAAUGGCUCAUUUGAGGGGAGGCUCUUUGGUGAUGGGAUGAGGGCAGGGGGAGUGACUGGGGAGGAGGGCAAGGGACAGAAGCACCCUACUUCAUACUCCUGAGCACAUCCUAAAAAUAUUAGCACAAGUUGGGGGAGGCAAGCGACAGAAAACUCCUGAGACUGACAACCACAAGAAAUACUUUCUGAUAUUUCUUUAUAGCUGAGUUUCCCCUUCUGUAUCAAAACAAAAUAAUACAAAAAAUGCUUUUAGAGUUUAAGCAGUGGUUGAAAUUUGUAGGUACUAUCUGUCCUAUUUUUUGUGUGUUUAGAGGUGUUCUAAAAACCUAUGGUAACAGGGCAAGCUUCCUACAUUUUUCAGAGCCCUUAGAAUGUGGAUAUUUUUUCUUGAGAAAAGCUGAUGUACAGUAUACAUGGCUUCCAGCAUUUUCUUCCUUUUACAUAGAGUCAGCCUCUAAUGGGCUAUUGUAGUAACUAGUUCGUGUUCACGUAAUAUUUCUUUUGGUGUCCUGUGAAUUGGAAAAGGAGAGAUGGGGCAGAGAGAACCUACGAUUUGACAGUUCUCAUAGAGACCUCAGUCUGUGCAGCUCUCUGAGAGUUCCCACCAGAAACAGCUGGAGGAAGAGGGGGUGUGGCCCCUCUUGUGUGACAACAUGAUCAGUACAACUGAGACCAGCUUUCAGAACCAAGGAAGCAGUUUCCUGUUGGGAUCGUUGGUUUUAUAUUUCAUCAGUUUCUGCAAGAUAAUACUGUUCCACGUCUGCAGUCUUAGCUCUAUCCAAUGUCUGUAACUAUCAGCUACGAUACCUGGUGACCAGCUGUUACAAAAAAUUUUCCCUCUGCUUUACCUACAACAUAUUGGGUUAGAUUGUACGUGUGUGUAAGCACCUCAGUGGGGAAUUAGAGCCAGAUGUUAAGAUUUGUCUGCUCUGUUUCUUUUAUAGUUGGUAGCAAGAGUAUGGAUACUUCCUAGUAAAUGCAUAAAUUAGGUUGCUCUUCUUAUUUUGCUUUAAAUCUCUAGUCUUUAAGCCCCGGGACAAGAUCCUAGCAGACAGUGUCCUCUGAAUGGAUGAACCAAAAUAAAGCCAAGUUGUGACUGCUAGUAUUGUUAUUGCUGUUACUCUGGAAUCAUGUGGAAAACCCUGCCAUAUUUUAACUCAUCUACUUCCAUGUAUUGUUCCAUCGUAAAUAGACACACUGCCGUGAUUCAGGGACCUUCUUUGGCAGAUACAUUUGAAGCUCAGGUUCAUCACAACCUGGUAACUGAUUAUUGCUUCUCAGAGAAUGGACAUGUCUGGUCAACCAGACCUCAGUUUAAUCAGGAACCUUGAUCAACUAAUUCCAGCAAGUAACUAUUUAUUUAAAAAUAAUCGACUGUGUGUGUAGGCAAGUGGGACAGUGCUCCUACUGGAGCAUCCAAAAAAUAAUUUCAUUUAUUUAUUUUCAAAGAAGAUUACACAAAAGUUAUUUCUAGAAUGACUACCAUUUAUGAUCCUUAGAGUUCAGGCUGUUAUACUUAAUAAGUACAUCAAAAUUUUUCUUAGACUCCAACAUUCUGAGGAAUUAAAUAUCCCUUUUUUCUUUCUCCCCCUGGAAGGAGGUGUAAGAUGAGGUUAAAAAGGUACUGGUGCUAUUGUUCUGACGGCCUGCCUGUAGAAAAUGGAAAAUUCUAGUUCAUUUGGGUUAUAUAUUCAGUGUACUCGGGAUGCCUGACUUAUUGGAGGACCUCAGUUUCUUGAGUGAUGGAAAAUGUUAUCCAGAGCUGCACAUGGCACCAGUGCCCGACACAUUCCAAAGGAGACAGUGGACCAGUUAAUUCACAUUCAAGUCAAGGUCAUAAAACAAAAGAGAAUUCUAGUGCCCUUUUACAGUUGCUGACCUCGGGCACUGUCAUAACCACCCUUUAUUUAAAAAGGUCUUCAUCAUUCUUCCAUAAAAUGCAUUUAACAUGAAAAGCAUUUAUUAAUGACCAAAUAUUAGAACAACAUAACAUUUACAAAUGACAUAUUGAAAAUAAAGGUUAUUUAUUUGACCAAGAUGACUACCAUUAAGGAUUCUUUUAUAUAUUUUCAAAAUGAAAGAAUGGUGAUUCUUUUAUAUAUUUUCAAAAUGAAAGAGCAAAUUUUAAACAUUAUGUUUAAAAAUGUUUCUGAUUUCUUAAUACAUAUUUGAUAGGUAUUACUUUUGCACUUAACAAAUAGCACCAGAUGGAAAUUUAUUAUUUAUUGCAUUUGCCGUGAGAGCUUUAUUCUUUAUACAUUGUCUGAGCACUUUCCCUUUCUUUCCAAAAUGAUUAAGAAAUUAAAACAAACAAACAUAGCCCCUUAUACUAAAAUGUUCUCACCCUUUCUCUUCUCUGUCUUCUUUUCUUUUUCCUGCCACAAAAAGUGAAAAAUAAAACCUUAACACUUCUCCCCAGAUUUUCAAACGUAGGGCACCGGGACGACUGCAGGGAUGAGUGUUUCUCCCACCUCAGCAUCGUUUGAGAUUUACAGACGCAUGACACGGCCUCUGCCCUGAAGGGGGUUACAGCCCAGCCAACGGACAGGACACAGAAAAAGUGGAUGAGGUAUUAAGUAAUGAAGUAAAGGGCCAAAUGCGUGCUGGAAAUCUUCUCUUUGGGACUGCAAUCUUCACCCAAGUUCCUAAAUUUAUUUGUGAAGGCCACAUACAGUACCUUCUUAAAUGCUAAAUAAUUUUGUUUAUGUGCAGAAAAGAAGACAGCUCUUUUUUCCAGCUCCCCAGGCAACCAUGACAUUAUGACCCAAGCUCAGGGCCCAGUCCUGCUUUGUCAAUCAUAUCCUGCAAAAGCCUGGUGUCUUAUAACCCAAUACCUUACCAAUCAAGCACAAAGAGGCUAGUGGUAGUCUCUUUAAAUAAUAAAAGAAUCAGAACAAAACCAAAAAGUUUUCUUUAAAUAAGAGGUUGUUUUCAAGUUGCAGGAGAAGCUGACGGUUGAUUUCGGGUUGUUUGUGCAGGAAACAUCCUCCGUGUAUAAAGCAAGCAUCUCUGUUUUGAGUUGCUAGGAUUGGGGUCUUCAAAUGAAUGCAAAAUCAGUCCCCAUCUGCGCUCUCAAUGUACUCCCUUGAGCUCAAGGAUGCUAGUAGCUCAGGAGGUAAGAGGUUAUAUUCUUAAGUUCUUCUCUGGCCCUUCAUAGUAUAUAAGACAACAUUUCCCUUGUGGCUUUCAAACAACUGCUCAAAACAGAAAAGAAAAAAAAAAAAGGUGAGAGAGAGAGACCUGUUGUGUGGGAGUUUUUAUUGACGAUCUGGGGAUAAGAGUUUGAGAGGCUUUAUUGGAAAAUUUCCUGUUGCCCUGUGUUUGACAAAUAAGCAUCCUUUACUAAGAGGAGCAGGAUUUCAGAGGCACAGGAAAAAGAGUUGGCGUGAGCCCGAGAGGAGAUCUCAAUGUUGUUGUUGAACAUCUGCGAACCAGCCACCAGAUGGCGCUGAGAGCUGGGCACAAAGACACAAGCCAUAGGAAGCUCCGAAGGAAAAGCUAACAGCUCCCGCUGGGAAAAUGCAGUGUCCGUGUAGCGUCAGGAUGAGACUAUUAGUUCCUCCUAUAACAGGAUCUGUACUUUUCUACUCUUCCACACGUUCUUUUUCACCCUGUCCUUUCUCUUAGGGUGUAAAUGUUUUCAUGGUCCCUUGCUGUCUCACACCUCCAAACGAUUAGCGCCUGAUUGGAACCUCUUAAUAUUUUUUUUUUUCCUUUUCACCAUCCUGCCAAGCAGUUUUCAAAAAGAAAGGCAACAGUUAUUAAAUUGAAUUCCGAUGAGCCAGCCAAAAAUAGGUCUAAAUUGCUAGUCCCAGUAGUACCACCUCAUCCUGAAAUAGAUGAGAAGCAAACAGUGUUUCUUACUGAUCUGGGCUAAAACCCAAUAGGUGCCGUUUUUAAAAUGAUGUUUUGGUGAGAGUUGAUCCCUAGAGUCAACCCUUUUUCUCUCCCUGAGGUGCUCUGUAACCUUGGCCAGCUCGCUGAACCUCUGUUCCUUUUUGCCUCAUGUGUAAGAUAGAGCCGUUUUAUCCACUUCAUGAGACAACGGUGAGGUGCCGCAGAUUCUUGGCUGUGGAUACUUUGAAACCCAAAUAUAAAGGCCAAAGGCAAUGGAUCUAUGGGGAGACUUACUUUCCAGCUCGUGGUUGUAAGUCACAUCAAAAGAAACCACACAUCCAUGUCCAGGAGUGUAGAGACAUGAAGCAUUGCUGUACAAUUACUAGAUUAUAAGUCAGGUAGACUGCCAGGGAGCUAAUCCGUCAACACUGGGAGAUGCAACACAGCCAAAGACCAGAGAAAUCAAAACACCACAUGUAUAAAACCCUAAGUUCCCACCUGGUUGUGACUUGUUGCUUACACAUGCCCCAGUAUGAUUAUAAAUAAGACAACAUUGAAAAGCAAAUGUGACUGUUUCACGUAGCCCAAUGGCCCUGUGCCUACACUACACACACCCUGCAUGAUGUUGUUGGAAACUUUAAAUUUAUUUCACAGCAGUAUUUUUUGGAUGCAAGUGGUUCGUGAAACUCAAUGAAACAGGGAAACCGUGUUGAAAAGUUGGUUAUCUCCCAUGGAGCAAAGACUAGCAAAAGGUAAUAAAGAUACCUGGGCACAUGGGUAUUAAUACCCAGCAGGCACUUACGAGUUUAUUUUCCAGAUGAAAAUGUGCUUUAAGAGCAAGUCUACUUAUAGGGGCUGCACCGCUUUCCGAGUCUCAAUAUUUUUCCAGCAACUGCUGGGCUCUGAGAUGGUUAUGGAAACAUGGAGAUUCCUCCCAUCUGGUAGGCCAAGAAACAGUUCUCAAUGUUACUGAUUCUUUUUGUUUUGUCAGGUUUCUUUUUGUUUUUUGUUUUUUUUUUCAGUGAGCAUGGUGAACUGCAGAGGUUAGGGUUGUGAAAAGCUGGGCUAAUAUUCUUUCUGUAAAGCCAAUUAGGCUUCCAUCCCUGUGAAAUAACACGAAAUUUUGCUCUCUAAAAGCAACAGCAUGUAAACUAGAAUGAAAGAAGGAAAUCAUGUAUGUGUGCCUACUAUUCUUUGUGAAUGUCUUUCAUUUAACUAAAAUUAUGUUAGAAACCGGAUUGAUAAAUAAAAGAGUCCAAAAUAGUUUUAAUUAUCCUAAAA